AUGGACUACUACAGUCUGUAUGACCCAAAUCUGGUUCCACAUCAAUCUAUAAUCACGCUUGAGACUAUCCCUGACCCGCCUUCGCCUCCACCUUCGCCUCCGCUGGUUUUGGCGCCACUUGUUGUUGUUGAUGAUGAGCAGCUUCAGCAGGAGGAGGAACAGGAGGAGGCUGAUCAGCCGGAAGUGGCCACCGGCGAGGUUGUUGCUGUUGGCGGCCGGAGUGGAGUGCCCAUUGAUGGGUAA